AUGGAGCUCUACACACCCACCAAGCCUUCUCAGCAGCUCCACACAUCCACCAAGCCUUCUCAGCAGCUCCACACAUCCACCAAGCCUUCUCAGCAGCUCCACACAUCCACCAAGCCUUCUCAGCAGCUCUACACAUCCACCAAGCCUUUUCAGCAGCUCCACACAUCCACCAAGCCUUCUCAGCAGUUCCACACAUCCACCAAGCCUUCUCAGCAGCUCUACACAUCCACCAAGCCUUCUCAGCAGCUCCACACAUUCACCAAGCCUUCUCAGCAGCUCCACACAUCCACCAAGCCUUCUCAGCAGCUCCACACAUUCACCAAGCCUUCUCAGCAGCUCCACACAUUCACCAAGCCUUCUCAGCAGCUCUACACAUCCACCAAGCCUUCUCAGCAGCUCUACACAUCCACCAAGCCUUCUCAGCAGCUCCACACAUCCACCAAGCCUUCUCAGCAGCUCCACACAUCCACCAAGCCUUCCCAGCAGCUCUACACAUCCACCAAGCCUUCUCAGCAGCUCCACACAUCCAUCAAGCCUUCCCAGCAGCUCUACACAUCCACCAAGCCUUCCCAGCAGCUCUACACAUCCACCAAGCCUUCUCAGCAGCUCCACACAUCCACCAAGCCUUCCCAGCAGCUCUACACAUCCACCAAGCCUUCUCAGCAGCAGUAUGAGACAUGA